AUGCUCUCACCAACAGCCACCGGUGCUCGCCGGGUUCUGGGAGGCCGGCCAUGGCUACCAAUAAACAAGGCCGCUGCCCUGCAGUCCAGGUGCCUGUCCAUGUCCCCGGCUCUUAGAGGCGGCCAUGUCGUCACGUUUGGCGAAACCUCAAACCCCGAGCUUGCUGAGAUCCUUAGCGAACUGCGUCAAAAGGUCUUCCUCCCGACAUACCUGGCUGCGGAGCAGCGGAAAAAGAUCCACGACCGCAAGCUUGCGGAUGUACUCCGGAACGACCCAGUAACGAUGGAGAUCGACGGGGUGGUGCACAAGUUCCGCUACGUCGACAGGAUGACGGAGAUGCCCAACACGAGGAAGGCGCUCAGGCGGGUAUUCGACUGCAUGAAGACGCCGGCCGACUUCAAGAACGUGCCGCCAUUGCUGGAGGGAUGCGUGCGCGCACGGCGACAGGUGGACCCGGACAUUCUGACCAAGCUGAUCCGGCGCGCCAGCAUGCACGGCAGUCUCCAGGUGAUCCUGGAUUGCGUCAGGGGGGUCGCGCGGACAGGCUUCAAACUCGACACGUCGGAAAAGAUCAACGAGCUCCUGACCUGGAUCCAGCACCCGGCCAUUGUGAGCGGAUUCAACAAGGCCAAGACCCAGACCGCACUCAAGCAGGUCCAGCUGAUCCUGAACAUUCUCGAGAGCGAGCAAAAACAUUGGCCAACCAAGGAGAGCGGAGGCCGGUUCCCCUUCUACCGGGACCCCCAGAUGCUGGCCGCGAGACUGCACAUGGCGGCCGCGAUGGCGGUGUAUCACCAAGAAGGCCAUGACGAGACCGGCAAGGUGACAAAGUACGCCGAGGAGCUGGUCACACUAUGGCCUGAAAACGCGGGCCUCCUGGACCUCCAGCCGGAUGAGUCGUACAGAUCGAAAACGAAGAUGCAAUACCUGCUGGACCGCAACCAAUAUCUGUGGAUUGCAUCGCCCGUGCUAAACGGCUUGACGAUCGCGACGCAGGUUGUGGACCCCGCCCUGGCGAUGCAGUUGCAGAACCGGGCGGACGCGGUCGAGGCUGAGGUACGGGCCGCCCUGAAUUCCGACAAGCGGAAAAUGGGAGGAAGGGGCGAGCUCAUGUACGAUACAUUAUUCAACCCCCAAGCAAACGCUGGAGAGGCCGAGGAGGAGGCAUGA